CCUGCCUGGCCACGAAGCUGUCCACUUUGACCCAGUGGUAGAAUAUUGCUACCAUAUUUAUGGAAAGUUCAAUGGGGACUUGGUCUACACGUCUGUUGGAGAGAUUCCGCUCCAAGAAUUUGCUGCACAUUUCCAGAUGUCUGACCCCACUUUUCCUGCUGCAUUUAUCAAGAGCCCGGCACCUCUGGCUGAAUUUUGUGCACCAAACUCUCUUAGAUUCCUGUUCCCUUCCUGAUUCUCAGUUUUCCUUUGCCUUCUCAAAAAAAAAAAAAAAAAAUCCUCUGUCUUUUCAUCGUUUUUUGUUUAAGUUUAUUUACUUUGACAGAGACAGAGAGAGUGCGAGCAGGGGAGGGGCAGAGAGAACCCCAGGCAGGAUCUGUGCUGCCAGUUCGAGCCACCGGUGGGGCUUGAACCCACAAAACUGUGAGAUGAGCCGAAACCAAGGGUCUGACGCUCAACCGACUGAGCCACCCAGGCGCCCCUCUCUGUCUUUUCGUCUUACUUUAUCAUGUGUGUCUCUCUCACGUCUUUCUGGAACAAGGUAGGGAAGUGGGCAGCAAAUACAAUUUUUAAAUAACAUGCGGAUAAUGUUUGUUAUUUCUGAGGGUUGUUGAGAGGAUUUGGGAAGGUGGAGUGUGUUUCUGCAUCUACCAGGGGGACUGGAAUGAAGGAAGUACUCGAUAAAAAAGAUAACAUUUGUCCCCCUCAGUGAAGGGCACUUAUGCCCCAGCCCUGGCACCCCGCCCCCGGCACCCCAAGCCUUUUAUACUGCUUGACUUAAUCUUCUUUUUUUCAUGACACUAAGAGCUUGUUUAUAUAUGACAUUAGGGUUCUCACCCUCAGCAUUAUGGACAUUGGGAGUCGAUGGCUUUUUGCGGGGGGCGGGGGGUGUCCUGUGGGUGUCCUCCACCCACCACCUACUGUGAGAGUCACGAAUGUCUCCAGACAUGGCCGCAGGUCUCCUGGGAAGCAUAAUCGCCCCCGGUCAAGAACCACGAGGCUACACAACUUAACUUUCCCGUUAUGUUCAUUAUUGCGUUGUCUGUCCCUCUCUACCCCCAUCUGGAAUGCUUGCUCUGAGGAGGAAGGAAUUUGCUUGUUUGGGUGGGGCACUGAUGUGCGCCCGGUUCCUAGAUUGAUGCCUGGCCCAAGGUAGGUGCCCAAUAUUUAUUGAAAGAGUGAACAUUUGGUGGGCUUUGUGCUCAGGGGUGGACGUGCACAAGCUCACGUCUUUAUCUUGACAUCCCUCGGGGGGAGGCCAUGUCACUCUCCCUCACUGUCCCCCUUUGCACAGAGGAGAGAAGCUGAGGCUUCCAGAAACUACACACAUACAUCCCCACUCACCCAAUGCAGAAGCUUAGCUGGCCACCACCCAACAGAUGUCCGUGUUCUCCCUUCUGGCCAAGAAGGAUUGAAUCAAGGUCAAAUCGGGGGUCAAAUCCAGCCUCCAGGCACCUGCAGGGGAGUUGAGGAAGGAAGCUGAGCUGGCCUGGAGGGCCAGGCCUGAGGAGACUUUCUCAGGGCCAGAACUUGGCUGGGUUCAACCUGCUCCUCUUGGGAAGGGGUCUGGCCCCCACACCUGUAAGAGAUGGGGGUGAGCUCCAAAAUGAAGCCCCCAGUAUCCUUAGAGAGAUGUUGCUGCAGCUACCAGGCCAGGGAGGGGGGAACUGCGUGCGUGCGCGCACACACACACACACACACACACACCACUCCCCACCCCUCUCCACUACCCCUCAACACACACACAAACUUCACACUUAUCCCUAAACCCGCCCAGAACAGAGAGGGCCCUGCACUGUGAUUGGUCCAGGAGUCCCUGGUACCAGGAACUGAGAGGAAGGAGAUGGAAAGGAAGGAAAAGAGUAGGCGGGACCAGCAGGGGGCUACAUUUCUAUCUAUGCCCAGGGCUGGGCGCCUGCUCACCAUGGACACUGCCGGGUACAGCAAGUGGGACAGCAGGCUCGAGGAAGUCCCUGGAGGGCACUGGGGACGCUGGGGACGGAGACUCCUCUUCCUGGCCCUGGUGCUGGUGGCAGCCUUAGCCCUGUGGGCCCUCAUUCUGAGCAUCCUAUUUUCUAAGGCCUCCACAGAGCGAGGGGCGCUGUUCGGCCACCAGGACCUGCUGAGGACAAACGCCUCGAAGCAGAAGGCGGCGCUGGGUGUUUUGAACGCGGAGGUCCGAGCCUGCAACAGCUGCUGCUCGGGGACACAGACGCUGCUAGAGAAGGCACGCGCGGAGCUGGGGGAGGCGCAGGCGAAGCUGAUCGAGCAGGAGAGUGCCCUCAAAGAACUGAGCGAUCGCGUGACCCAGAGCUUGGCUGAAGCGAGCAGGGACCGCGAGGACAUCCGCAGUGAGCUCUUCAGGGCUCUGGAGGCCGCCCGGCUGGGGAACAGCUCCUGUGAGGAGUGCCCCGCAUCGUGGCUGCCCUUCCAGGGCUCCUGCUACCUUUUCUCCAUCCUGCGGGCCACGUGGGAGGAGUCGCAGCGCAACUGCGCGGGCUCCGGCGGACAUCUGGUGAUAGUGGGGGACCUGGAGGAGCAGGGCUUCCUGAGUCGGAACACGCGCGGCCGCGGUUACUGGCUGGGCCUGAGGGCCGUGCGCCGCGCGCGCCAGAUCCAGGGCUACCAGUGGGUAGACGGAGUCCCGCUCAGCUUCAGGUGCACGCUCAAGUUAGACCCUCAGAGUGUCUAGGUUGGACCCAAGCAAUAAACAGGAUAGAUCCUCAGGGCUGGACGCCAGGCCCGUCCUCAGACUCCCAGAAACAGCCCCCCGACAAACCUCCGCAGCCACUGGAACCUGG